AUGAUAUCUAAGCCGUUUGUGAAAAGAUUCGCUACUCUGGCGACUGUGCUAGCGGUAGUGGCUAAUGUCUACAUCUACACUUAUCCUUCGAUCCACCCUACAGAAUGUUCUUGGCAUUGCUACGACGACAAUACCGGUAUUGGAGUCAUUGAUCAAUUGUCCCUGUGGGAGAAGGCUGUCUUUUACGCUAAGAGAUAUUUUGACGACGUAAGAGACCAAACGUUUGGUAAGGUUGGUCCAGAAUUUGAAGACAACGAACCGGAAGAUAUCCACUUGAUGGCAUUUGGAGAUCCUCAGAUCAAGGGAGUUUGGAAAAAGACCCCAUACAUCACCAGACUAGAUAUCUUUGGGAAUGACUUCUUCUUGGGACACAUUGCUUCAAUGAUGAGGAAGCGCUUACAUCCAUCACACGUCGUCGUUAUGGGAGAUUUAUUUUCAUCACAAUGGAUCGGUGACUCAGAGUUCUAUAACAGAACUACGAGAUAUACAAGCCGUAUCUUCGGUAGAGAUACUACCUGGUUGGAAAAGAUUAAGGAAAAGAGCCAUAACAGUGAGGGCUAUAAAGCCGACUGGCAUGCAUGGGGCGACUCUUUCAAUGAGAUCCGUUCGAAGGAGAAGCCAUGGGACUACGGUUUUCAUCAUAGUGACGUUUACUCUUGGGAUCCAGAGAAGGAAGAUACAUUAUUUAUCAACAUUACGGGGAAUCAUGACAUCGGUUAUUCUGGUGACAUCACAUAUCAGCACAUGGCCAGAUUUAGCGAACUGUUCGGCAAAGCAAACUACUGGAUAGAGUAUGAUACUGAUACAGAUCACCCAUGGAGAAUUGUUGUCCUAAACAGUUUGACAUUAGAGGGCCCAGCGCUCCAGCCCGAGUUCAUCGAAACCACUUGGGAGUUUUUGUACCAACUUUUUGAGAGGAGAUUCAAAGGUAGUACGGUCCUAUUGACUCAUGUACCUUUCUACAAGAGGGAAGGUCUUUGUUCGGAUGGCCCUGAGUUUAAUUACUAUCCCGCAGACUUCGAACGUGAAGCUUACAAGAAAAACAUGCUGAGAUCGCAAAACCAUCUAAGUGAAGAUGUCACCAACAGAGUGCUGAACUUGAUUUUCGACAAUAAUAAGCAGGGAAUAAUCCUAACGGGGCACGACCAUGUUGGAUGUGAGACCUACUAUAACAAGAACGCUAGAGAGGGAACAUGGUCCGCAUCUAAAGAAAAAGAUUCACAAGAUUUGACCGUGCAAGAAAUUACUGUGAAGUCAAUGAUGGGUGAAUUUCAUGGUAACACAGGAUUAGUGUCUGGCCAUUUCAACAAACUUAUGGGUACCUGGGAAUGGACUUUCACACUUUGUCCAUUCGCCGUCCAGCACGUUUGGUGGUUCGCUAAAGUCACCGCACUAUUAACUGGAUUUCUUUGGUCUCUCUAUAUUCUAAUUUAA